UCAAUUUGACCCUCGUAGCUGUCACGAAGUUGUGGAUACGUGUGUUGUUGAGGAUUCUCUGGUUCAUACUGCUUACCGAAACAUGCAGUCGAGUUGCUCGCUGCAGGGCAGGGUACUUUAGGAAAGGGGAGGGGGGUCUGGCCCUGUCGAAGGGCACUGGUGCAACCAUGUGGCCUACAUCCUGUGCGUGAGGCAUGUCUAGGCAUACGGCACCUCAGACACACACGUCCACCUGGUUAUAAGGGGGCGCACCUGCAGAGACCGCCCAGAUGCUUGCCGUCCUCGGCCCCGCCGCCGAUCCCCUGAUGCCCUUCGAACGCAGCAUGAGGUCCCUAGCCCUGGUGCUGCUGGGCAGCGCGCUGGCGGGCGUCGUGGUCGUGGCGGCGCCGUUCCCCGCCCACCUCGUCGUGCACGGUGCUCACCACCACGGCGGCCACCAUGCCUGGCAGGAGUUCCCCGUGGCGCUGCACCGCGCCAGCAACAGCACGCCGUUCAAGCCCAUCUUGCCCGGCACGGACCACGGCCUCUACAACGAGGGCUUCUUUGAGGGCGACAUCCAGCGCAGCAAAGACGAGGCAGCCAAGGACCCUGACACGAAGAACGCUGUCACGGACCCGAACCUGCUGUGGCCUUCGGCGACCUUGGUCUACAAGGUGGACGACGACGUCGGUUGCCCGGAGAGCCCACAAUGCGCCAUCCUCAUGGCAGCCAUUGACCAUUACCACGAGCAGACCUGCAUCCGCUUCAAGCAGUGGACCGGCGAGGACAACUGGGUGACCAUCUUCUUCAACAGCGACAGCAGCGGCGCGUGCUGGUCACCGGUCGGGAGAGUGGGCGACGGCGAACAGCGGCUGUCCCUGGGACAGCGGUGCUGGUACAAGGGCAUCGUCAUCCAUGAGCUGGGCCACGCCAUCGGCUUCUGGCACGAGAUGAACCGCCCCGACCGCGACGACUGGAUCUACGUCUACUGGCAGAACAUCAUCCCGGGCUUCGCCUCGGCCUUCAAGAAGCACCAGCAGGUCGCCACUCUCGGCGAGCACUUCGACUACCGCUCCAUCAUGAUGUACGACGAGUACGCCUUCUCCAAGGACGGGCGGUCACCCACGCUGCAGGCCACCACGGGCGAGGAGAUCGGGCCCAUUUGGAUGAAGAAGGGCCUGAGCGCGAGUGACAAGCGACGGAUCGAGAAGCUCUACCGCUGCGACAUGAAAAAGCCCAAGCCGGGCUUCCCGUACGACGUCAACUGCGACUUCAACCGGCACGUGUGCGGCUUCAAGAACGGCGGUUCUUCCAACUGGAACUGGCGCACCGUGAACCAGACGGACGGCUACGUGUACACGUCCUUCGACACGGCCGGCACCAAGCCCGGCCACUUCAUGUCCAUCAACUUCCCGCCCAUCAGCGGCGACCUGGAGAGCGUCCGCGGCGAGCUGGGCUGUGUCCGCUUCUACUAUCUCAUCGAGACGGACGGCCAGGCGCAAAUUGUCCUGGAUCAGGCCUACCUCAAGAAAGUGACGCAGCUGAACCACGACGAGAGCACCACGUUCGAGCUGUGGUCGAACGAUACGUCGAGCAACGAGUGGAUCCACAUGGAGAUCCCCCUCUACGUGACGCGCCCCUUCAAGCUCAUCUUCACCUCCACUUUCAACGGCUCGGCCACGCACGGCACCAUAGCCCUGGACGACGUGGAGCUGCUGUACACGCCGUGCAGCCCGACGCCGGACGCACCGUCGUCCACGACGGGGCAGCCGGUGCUCGCCAACCCCAAGCCCACAACCAGCACCACCAGCACGACCACCACGACCACCACCACAGCGCCGCCCGAGGACUCCAUGGUUACUGAGGACAGCUCCGCGACGUCCGCGUCGACGUCCUCCAGCACCGAGAGUCCCACGACGGACGGCGGUGGAACCACCAUCCCGUCAACAGAUACGACCACGGCGUCGUCCAUCGGCCCCUUGAUGUCGACGGUCGAGUCUGAACAGGCGAUUCAGCAGAUGCAGUUGCAGCAGCAGCAGACCAUCCUGGAGGCGCAGCAGCUCAUGGAGCAGCAGCAGCAGAAGGAGCAGCAGGCGCUGUUGUUGGCCAUGGCACAGAACCUGCAGCAGCACGUGGACAAGCACAAGAAGCCCAAGAAGCCCCCUCACCGGCACACCGAGGUCACCGAGGCCACCGAGGUCACCGAGACGCCCGACAUGGCGUCCACGACCUUCCCGACGUACCAGACGGUCGCCACCGGCGGGGACAAGGACAAGCCCGCCCAGGACACCUUCCCCAUCACCCUGACCGAGUCCUUCGACUCCAGCCAGAAGGUGCCCAACCUCCCUGACCCCACCGACCGGAUACCACUCAAGAACCCCAACAUGAAGCCCACCACGACGACGCCAACGCCGACCACCGCCAGCUACGACGUGGACGAGUCCUUGCCUUGAAGCUACUGCUUCCGAUUGCUCUUCUCAGCACUCUUGAGUUGUAGGUGUGCACUGUGCACCCGUGCCAAAGACUUAUUUUCUGUGUGUAGACAUGUACUCGUUGUAACCGAAUGUGUUCAAUUUCUAACGCAAACGUUUUAUAAAUUAAGUUCAAUAAAAAUAGAGCUUAGUAAUUUAUUGGAGUGUAUUCGAGCUGCUGUUUUCAAGUGGUCACAAUUGUAAAUAAAUAUGCAAUUUUUUAAAUGA